CUUCUCUAAUCCUCAGUACUGUGAUGAGGUCUAUGAGGAUUUGAUUAGGGGUCGCUAGACUCGGCUGAAACUGUCUGAUUCGUCUCCCCAUUUCUUUUCUGAAUUGUGAUUGAAAAAGUCACCCAAAUCUCUCUCCUCCUCCCUCUAACUUCACUAACCACCACCACCACCACUUUUCUUAUUGAGUUCUUCAUCAUCAACAGGCUUGUGGCUGCAAACAGGGCAAGACAUGUGCAUGGAUAAAUUUGAAGAAUUUCAUCAUGACCCCAUCUGCCGAACUUGCUUCGCGUUUUAGCUUGAGCACUAGUCAUUUUGAGGUGGGUAAGGGUCAAUUGCAACAUCUACAUCCAAUUCUGGGCAAGUUAUCGUUUUGCAACUGAAUGUAUUAUGGCUCUUGGGACUUUCACUGCUCCACAAUUGAAGACUUGUGGUCUCUUUGGGACUCGGUUGUAUCCCUCUAAUUUUCUUCCCGUGCAGAGUAGAAGUUUCCUUAUGAAGCCAUUGGUGAUUGAAGCAAGGGCAAGAGCAAAUACCCGAAAAGAAAGUGCGAAAAUCCGAAACAGAAGACUACAGAAGAAGUUUAAUGGCACAGCUACAAAGCCAAGGCUUUCAUUAUUCUGUUCCGAUAAGCAAUUGUAUGCUAUGCUGGUAGAUGAUCAGAAGAAGAACUGUUUAUUCUAUUGCAGCACUCUACAGAGAUCAAUUCGCCAGGAUCCUCCUUGUACCACAAUUGAAGCAGCUGAACGUGUUGGUGAAGAGCUUGUCAAGACAUGUAUUGAUCUCAAUAUAAAUGAAAUAUCGUCUUAUGAUCGCAAUGGUUUUGCUCGAGGAGAAAAGAUGGAAGCGUUUGAGACUGCAUUAUCUCGUCAUGGGUUCUUGUCAAGAUAGAUCUGUUGCGGUUUCUUAGAUUGUUUUAUAGAUUCAACUCUACUCGACAAAACUUUUUCUUACUAUUUUUAGGAUCUGGUAAACGAUUAUUAUCUCGCCAUUGAUUGUUUCAUAAAUGGUUGGAAAUAUAGCAGUGUAUGGGUUGGGGUUGCAUUGUUUAUGGAAUCUGAAGAUUUGUGAUCAAACCAAUAAAAUGUUAGCUUCUCUUGUAAUGAUUAUCAAAGAUGUAUCCUCUUUACCAAGUUUGGUAAGCAGUCUAGCACACAGACAUGUUGCUCAUGUUCCCCAACAGUCAAUAUGGCAAUGCUGUGGAUCUAAAUUCGUUUUAAG